AAAAAAAAAACAGUUGGUGUGAUCGAGGCGUCGUCCUGGUCUGUUUCCCAAGCGUUCCCGGAAGUAUCGCGAUGUUGCGCCUCUAGGUUUAGAAACUGCUAGUACACUGCUUAAUAUCUAUGGUGGAAAACGCCAUAUUUUCGAAAUGGCAUAUCUCGAGUUCAAGUUUGAGGACCAAAUAACAAAAUACAUUCGAGAACAAGAAUUGGAAACGUCACUGAAAUUCAUAACAUUGAGAAAGGACAAAAGUUUUGGGCAAACGGAUGCACAGCCUUUGGCACGGAAAAAACUCAGCUGGGAGAGUAAAAGUAUCCCGUUCAAUGGUGUUCCGUUUCAAGUUGUUGGCACAAAGACGUAUGAAUGCCACCAGGGCAAAGACAGACAGACAAAAGCCAAAGAGAAAUAUGCUGCUGAAAGAGACAAGAAGGAACUUGAAGACCAUACCUUUCUACAGAAACGGAAACUGGUACAAAAUACCAAAAAGGUGGACUGCAAGGCUAUAAUAAACAUCGCCCAAGUUAUCCGCUUUCCUGAUUUUAAGAUUGAGGAAAGUACAGUGCGCUCUAAAAAGGAGGCCUCCCAAACGCUGAAGGCAGCACUAAGUUUUACACCCAGCUCCGUGAAGGCAGAGGUUGUCUACUGCGUCAGGUUCCCCUCCCUCUCUGAGCACAGCUCACAUGCAGUUGUUGGCGAGGCAGCUUAUGUUAGGGAAGCUGUAGAUGCCAGGCUGAGAGAGAAGAUUGAGCAGCUGACUCUGUCUGGUGUGAGAAAGAUGACUGAAAUGAAGUGUCAUCUGAACACCUUUGUAGUGGAAGAGCUUUUCCAUGGAGAGCAGCCCCCUCCACCUACUCGCAGGCGCUAUUACCCCACUGACAGUGACAUAAGAAAUGUCAUGUUUAAGACCAAGCAGGCCACCAGAGACUCCAACAUUGACCGUCCAUACGAAGGUCCAUCUGGAAGAGGAAAGAACAGGUCCUCUAGGAAGCUGUUGCGGUUACGGAGGCAAUGUGCAGGAUAUCUUAAAGAGAUCACAGAACUCACUUAUCAUCUCCAAGAGGAACAGUACGUGACUGAUCUGUCUUCACAGCUCAGAAGCGUGUUGCUGGAUAUGAAGGCCCAUGUUCCACAGGAUAAAGGCCUUCCACUGACCUUUUCUCCAAGGAAGAGAAAAGCUGAGACGGACAUGGACCUCAUUCCAACCAAGAGUGCGUCACACCCUUUCAUAGAUGGGUUAGAACAGCAUACAGAGGACAUAGUGAGUGUGGACACCUUGUUGGCAUUGAGCCUAGGGCUGAGGACUGAGUGUGUGGUUUCUGUCACCAAUUGAGUAUAUUUUGUGUUCAAUGAUCUUCAUAGGGAUGGAUAUCUGAUGAAACGGGUGGUCCAGGCCCCAGGGAUAUCUGAUGAACGGGUGGUCCAGGCCCCAGGGAUAUCUGAUGAACGGGUGGUCCAGGCCCCAGGGAUAUCUGAUGAAAUGGGUAGGCCAGGCCCCAGGGAUAUCUGAUGAAACGGGUAGGCCAGGCCCCAGGGAUAUCUGAUAAACGGGUAGGCCAGGCCCCAGGGAUAUCUGAUGAAAUGGGUAGGCCAGGCCCCAGGGAUAUCUGAUGAAACGGGUGGUCCAGGCCCCAGGGAUAUCUGCUGAAACGGGUGGUCCAGGCCCCAGGGAUAUCUGAUGAAACGGGUAGGCCAGGCCCCAGGGAUAUCUGAUGAAAUGGGUAGGCCAGGCCCCAGGGAUAUCUGAUGAAACGGGUAGGCCAGGCCCCAGGGAUAUCUGAUAAACGGGUAGGCCAGGCCCCAGGGAUAUCUGAUGAAAUGGGUAGGCCAGGCCCCAGGGAUAUCUGAUGAAACGGGUGGUCCAGGCCCCAGGGAUAUCUGAUGAACGGGUAGGCCAGGCCCCAGGGCAUAGCAUGUGCCUUAGCUGUAGGUGUUUCCAAAAGUACAGUGUCUCUGUGUGGACUGUAACAGGGUUGAAGUGUUAUCUUAAAUCAGACAAAAAAUCAGCCAAUUUAAAAAAAUAAAUAAUAUGAAAGUAAAAAUGUAACAUGAAGAUGUCAAUUGUUUGUCUACAUGCAAUGUUAAAAACAAUGCAGAUAUUGGAGUAAACCUAUUUUUGGUUAAGACAAGUAACUAUGAGGGCCAACAUCCAAAAUCUAUUUCUCCUCAGGAGACUGAAAAGAUUUGGCAUGAGUCCUCAGAUCCUCAAAAGGUUUUACAGCUGCACCAUCGAGAGCAUCCUGACGGGUUGCAUCACUGCCUUGUAACUGCUCAGCCUCCGACUGCUAGGCACUACAGAGGGUAGUGCGUACAGCCCAGUACAUCACCGGGGCCAAGCUUCGUGCCAUCCAGGACCUCUAUACCGGGCAGUGUCAGAGGAAGGCCCUAAAAAUUGUCAAAGAUUCCAGCCACCCAAGUCAUAGACUGUUCUCUGUUCUCUCUGCUACCGCACGGCAAGCGGUACCGGAGCGGCAAGUCUAAGUCCAAGAGGCUUAUUUGCACCCCGACCCCCCACGCUGCUGCUACUCUCUGUUAUCUAUGCAUAGCCACUUUAAUAUCCCUACCUGCAUGUACAUAAUUACCUCAAUUACCUCGACACCGGUGCCCCCGCACAUUGACACAUUGACUCUGAACCGGUACCCCCUGUAUAUAGCCCCGCUAUUGUUAUUUACUGCUGCUCUUUAAUUAUUUGUUUUUCUUAAAACUGCAUUGUUGGUUAAGGGCUUGUAAGUAAGCAUUUCACUGUAAGGUCUACUACACCUGUUGUAUUCGGCACACGUGACUAAUAAAAUGUGAUUUGAUUUGAACAUCAUGAUAAGCUUGCAAGCUGAGUUUGAAUAAGAGAUCCUUCGGACAGAACAGUGUGUAGCACAGGAGGAGUCUGAAAUCUGAGUUUUGAAGGCUUACUAAAGGAGUUCCCCAGGGCUCAAUGUUAGGUCCGAUCCUUUUUACACUGUAUAUAAACUUGCAGUCAACAGAUGAAGACUGUUGACUGCAAAUCUUCAUCUGUAUGCUGAUGACACCAUGAGGCUGUUCAAAAGCAACUUUUUCCAAUUGAAACUUGUGCUUUAAUGCAAGCAAGAGUAAAUGUAUGGUUUUCUCUUCUCUGAAAGUAGACAGGUGGAGUCACUUUCAGAUUUUAACUCUAAAAGGCCAGCAAAUUGAUAGGGUUACCUAUAAGUAAUUUGGGAUUUGGUUAGAUGAAAAGCUCAAUUUUAAACGGCACAUUAAUAACUUGACCAAGAAACUGAAGUUGAAAUAGGGUUUUUAUUUUAGGAACAAAUCUUGUUUUUCAAUGUCAGUCAGAAAGGAUCUUAUUGAAAGCACUUUUUUAAAACUCUGCUGGAUUAUGGUGAUAUUGUCUUUAUGCAGGCCUCAGCAAGUAGGCCUACUUUAACUCUGGAUACAGUGCAUUAUGGUCAGGGCUGGAUUAAUGCAGGGGUUUACCGUGGCUGAAGCCCCUGGGCGCAGGCCCAUGGGGGGCCCAAGUUUCAGCAAAACAAAAUCCAGUCUAUAUUAUGUACUGGCGCCUACUAUUUCUUAAUCUGGCCCUGAUUCUGGUGGCUUUAAGAUGUAUCACCAAUGCAAGAUCACUCACCCAUCACUGUGAGUUGUAUGCCUUGGUGCAAUGGAGCGUUCCAUCCACAAGGAGGCUAAAGCACUGGUAGCGUUGAUAGGACAACUCCCUGUGUACCUCUUUGUUCCUUACUGACCAGAUUAGUCACUCGUGCCCCGUUGUCUUGCUAGUCGGAACUAGGAAACUAGGAUUUAUUUCCGACUUACUGAUUCGUUGAAUACGGCACGUGUAUAACUACAACCAGUUAGCAAGUCAGAAAUUCAGAGUUUCCUAGUUCCGACUACCACAUGAACACGGCAUCAAUACAGUCUUGGUUCACAGUCUGCUGUCCUUGUCUGUUCCUCAGGCUAGAACUGAGCUGUCCCUGUCUGUUCCUCAGGCUAGAACUGAGCUGUCCCUGUCUUUUCCUCAGGCUAGAACUGAGCUGUCCCUGUCUUUUCCUCAGGCUAGAACUGAGCUGUCCCUGUCUGUUCCUCAGGCUAGAACUGAGCUGUCCCUGUCUUUUCCUCAGGCUAGAACUGAGCUGUCCCUGUCUUUUCCUCAGGCUAGAACUGAGCUGUCCCUGUCUUUUCCUCAGGCUAGAACUGAGCUGUCCCUGUCUUUUCCUCAGGCUAGAACUGAGCUGUCCCUGUCUUUUCCUCAGGCUAGAACUGAGCUGUCCCUGUCUUUUCCUCAGGCUAGAACUGAGCUGUCCCUGUCUUUUCCUCAGGCUAGAACUGAGCUGUCCCUGUCUUUUCCUCAGGCUAGAACUGAGCUGUCCCUGUCUUUUCCUCAGGCUAGAACUGAGCUGUCCCUGUCUUUUCCUCAGGCUAGAACUGAGCUGUCCCUGUCUUUUCCUCAGGCUAGAACUGAGCUGUCCCUGUCUUUUCCUCAGGCUAGAACUGAGCUGUCCCUGUCUUUUCCUCAGGCUAGAACUGAGCUGUCCCUGUCUUUUCCUCAGGCUAGAACUGAGCUGUCCCUGUCUUUUCCUCAGGCUAGAACUGAGCUGUCCCUGUCUUUUCCUCAGGCUAGAACUGAGCUGUCCCUGUCUUUUCCUCAGGCUAGAACUGAGCUGUCCCUGUCUGUUCCUCAGGCUAGAACUGAUCUGUCCCUGUCUUUUCCUCAGGCUAGAACUGAGAUGGGGAAAACCAAUCUUUUUCCCAUAAUUCCCCUUCAUCCUGGAACCUUCUACAAAAGAUAUUAAAGUCAGAGUCUAUUUUCAACACUGAUCGAAGCCAAUGUUUUUGAUGGCCUCCAUUUUUAAUCUGUAACUUGUGAUACUUUGUCUUUUGUGUGUAUUUUAUUAUUUUUUACAUUUUAUGGACAUGCUGCUAUUUCCCUGUUUUGCCUUCUUGGUCUUCCUUUGCAAAAGAGGUUUCUAACGUCAAUGGGUCUUAGGCCUACCUGGUUAAAUAAAUAAAACACUCUGCAUUUAGAA